CUCCUUUGUGCUGCCCCGCGCGCUGCGUCAGGGCGGAGUUGCCGCCGCCGCCACACGCACGCACUCACCCGCUCACGGGCGGCCCCGGGGGCGGCGGGAAGGGAGGCGGCGAGCGGGAGGAGGGAGCGGCCGCGAGCCCAAUCGCUCGGCUCCCCCGCCCGGCCCCGCGCGGCGCCGCCUCCGCCAUUGCUGCGCGCGGGAGCUGCCGACGCGGAGGCUCGCUGCGCGCUUGGAGCCAGACCUGCGAGCCGGCGUGGGCGGCAGCCUCGGGUCUCUCGGAACGAUGGUGAAGUUGGGGAACAAUUUCGCGGAGAAGGGCACCAAGCAGCCGCUGCUGGAGGAUGGCUUCGACACCAUCCCCCUGAUGACGCCCCUCGAUGUCAAUCAGCUGCAGUUUCCGCCCCCGGACAAGGUGGUUGUGAAAACGAAGACCGAGUACGAGCCUGACCGCAAGAAAGGCAAAGCACGUCCUCCCAAGAUAGCGGAGUUCACCGUCAGCAUCACUGAGGGGGUCACCGAGAGGUUCAAGGUCUCCGUGCUGGUCCUCUUCGCCCUGGCCUUCCUCACCUGUGUUGUCUUCCUGGUUGUCUACAAGGUGUACAAGUAUGACCGUGCCUGCCCCGAUGGUUUCAUCCUCAAGAACACGCAGUGCAUUCCAGAAGGCUUGGAGAGCUACUAUGCGGAGCAAGACUCCAGCGCCCGGGAGAAGUUUUACACCGUCAUCAACCACUACAACCUGGCCAAGCAGAGCAUCACGCGCUCGGUCUCCCCCUGGAUGUCUGUUCUGUCGGAAGAGAAGCUGUCUGAGCAGGAGACCGAAGCCGCCGAGAAGUCCGCUCAGUGAGACGGGCAGGUUCCUUACGAGGUGUCACUUGAAGGUAACCAAGGGACUCGGAGGGACGUUUCGUUAAAUGUAAUUACCGAUACUUUAGAGGUUACUCAUUUAUGGUGCAGCCGCUUCUGUUUGCUGCUACUGCUUUGCAAAUACAGCCUCUGCCGCUGGCCGCUCAUGGGCAUAAAACCACGGCAUAUCAGCGCUGCUUAAAGAGCUCCAACACCACCUUCCAUGUUAAGGAAUCUCCAUUUAGCUACUUUACUGGGACUUAUUGGAAGUUAUCAAAAAAUAAAUUUAUACUGGAUAUGCAAGGGGUUUGGAUUCAGACAAAUAAUGCAUUUUGUGGAACUGAUUUAUUUUACACGCCCCGCCCCCC